AUGUCCUACACUUCCUCCUCCCGCUUUUCCAGAUCACCUUCCCCCGCCCCUCGCACUAGACGACCUUCUCCGUUGGAAAGAACCUCAUUGCACCUCCGUCUCAGCCUGCUCUCCGGCGAGAAAUAUGACCAGGAAAGCAGUGCCAAGGAACCCGAUCUUCGUCGCUGCCUCAGCCAUGCCCACAUCCACGCCAAGUCCAUGGCUAUGGUCAAGCGAGACAUUCGCGUCCACAUCCGCUCCAUGGGCAUGGCCAUGGACGAUGACGGCGACGAGGAGCUCCUUGAUCACGAAGUCCUCCCGCCGCCACCGUCGCGCCGAUCGUCCCGCAGCAGCUCCAAGUCCGCUGCGGCCCCACGGGUGACGGUGUCACCCAAACCCAGCGAGAAGUCGAGUCUGCUCGACAAGGGUCGCAAGUGCUUGGAGAAGCUUUUCCCUCGCAAGAACAACGUGCAUCUAGCUCAGUCUAGAGUUACCGUUGUCACUUGA